AUUGAUAACAUAUGGUUUCAAAAAACAUAUGAUUAUUAAAUAAGAAUGUUGUUAAGACAAUUAAAGCUCCUUAAACUAGUAAAAUCACAUAGCCAUGGGCAUUUUCGCUACCUCAGCAGUACUACACCCGCCUGCCAAUCAUUCAAAAAAUGGUAUCAACAGCUAUGGACCACAGAGCGCACAAAUCUACCACCCUACGGUCACUUCACCCAAGUUGGUGACCCGGUGCUCCGGCAACAGGCAGCUUUAGUUCCACCGGAGCACCUUGACAGUCCCGAGAUAAAAGCCAUUGUGGAGCAGAUGAUAAAGGUUUUAAGAAAGUACAAUUGUGUUGGCAUAGCGGCGCCACAAAUUGGUGUAUCAUUGAGGAUAAUUGCCAUGGAGUUCAAGAAGGAAAUUAGAAAAGAACUACCGGAGUUCACUUAUCAAGCCAGGCUCAUGUCCGAGCUGCCGCUAACUGUUCUUAUCAAUCCUGAACUGACAGUAACCAGCUAUGUGAAGCUGAAGCAUCCCGAAGGAUGCAUGAGUGUUCGAGGCUAUUCCGGUGAGGUGGAACGCUAUGAGGCCGUAAACUUAAAUGGACAUGACAGACUUGGUGUCAAGACACAAAUAUCGCUUACUGGCUGGAAUGCACGGAUUGCUCAACACGAGAUGGAUCAUUUGGAUGGUAAACUGUACACUGACCGUAUGGAUAGAUCUACAUUCACCUGCACCUGCUGGGAAGCUGUCAACACCAAGUCAGGACGUGUGGAAAUACCAUUUUAUAAAUAAUGCCAAAAAAAAGAGACUGCUAAUCGACCCUAUAGUCUGUUGCCUUUUAUGAUGAACUGAAAAUUUAUGGUAUGGUUUUAAUAGAAAAUUAGAUCCUUUUUUUU